AAUCAAGUAGAAUGCACCUGUGAUUCUAAGAAAAAACCAACCAAACCUCACUUCAAAGUCAUGGUAAAACCUCAUGUUCUACUCAUAUCCGCUCCUGGACAAGGCCAUGUUAUUCCUGCAACUGAACUUGGUCGACAAUUAGUCGCACAAGGUUCUAACGUUACAAUCAUAAACACAGAGGCCAUUCACAAGGCUAUAGUGACGAAUUGGUUAAAGAAUGAUGAUUGUGAGGCUAUGAUGCAGAUGGUUUCUAUCCCUGAUGGGUUAGAACCAUGGGAAGAUAGAAAUGACUUAGGUAAGUUAUUGGGAUCAUGUCAGAAGUCUAUACUUAGCGAGUUGGAACAACUUAUAGAGACGAUUAACAAACAAAACGACAACAAAGUCACAUGUCUUAUUGCUGAUUUUUGGAUGGCAUCGGCUCUACAAGUCGCAAAGAAGAUGGGAAUUGGAAGAGCAAUCUUCUGUCCUGCAUCAGCUGCUACACUAGCCACCAUGAUGAGCAUUCCAAAGUUGAUUAAUGAUGGAUUCAUAAACAACAAUGGAAUACCAGCUCGAAACAGUGAGAUGAUUCGGUUGACAGAAGCUAUGCCGCCUAUAAAACCUGAAAACCUUGUGUGGGCAAGUUUUCGUGACUCAAACAGCAUAGAAGUUCAUUUCCAGAAUCAUGUAAAAUUUGUUGAAUCAGCCACAACAGCAGAAUGGUUUAUAUGCAACUCAGCUGUUGAGCUAGAGCCUGCAGCAUUUAGCAUGUUCCCAGAGUGGUUGCCCAUAGGCCCUCUUUUGGCAAGCAAUCGGCUUGCUGAUCAAGUGGGUCAUUUAUGGGCAGAAGACUCCAGCUGCUUAGAAUGGCUUGAUCAGCAACCAGCAUGUUCAGUUCUUUAUAUUGCAUUUGGUAGUAUCACUACUAUCAACCAAACUCAGUUUGAAGAAUUGGCUCUUGGUCUUGAACUUACCAACCAGCCGUUCUUAUGGGUUAUGCGGCCCGGUCUGACCAAGGAGACCACAACUGUUUUCCCAGAUGGUUAUGUAGACCGAGUGGGGCCUCGUGGGAAAAUUGUGAGCUGGGCACCUCAACAGAAGGUCUUGGCUCAUCCUUCUGUAGCUUGUUUCAUGACUCACUGUGGUUGGAACUCUACUUUAGAAGGCGUGACAAAUGGGCUGCCUUUUUUGUGUUGGCCAUACUUUGGUGAUCAAAUUUACAACGAAACUUAUAUUUGUGACGUCUGGAAAACUGGACUUCGGUUGGAGGAAGAUAAAACUGGUAUCAUCACACGAGAAGGAAUAAAAAGUAAAGUAGAGCAGCUGCUCAGUGACAAAACAUUCAAAUCUAAGGCUGUUGAUAUGAAGGAAAAGGUUGUAACUAGUGCGGCAAAAGGUGGAUGCUCACACAGUAAUCUUACCAAAUUUGUUGACUGGAUACAUGGAAAAGAUGCUGCCACCAACGAUCAUUAAUCAUCAUAGCUCAAUGUGAACCAGAAUUCCUAAAAUGGUGUUAGGUAAGCCAUUAAAUUCAUCUAAGAAAUUAGGCAUGCCAUUAGCUGGAAAUGAUAAAGGACAUAUAAGCUUCCUUUCAUUUAUUAUAUGUUGUGAUCUUUCAUUUAUUAUAUGUUGUGACGUGUGUGUUUGAAUUCCUACUUGUAUUCUAUCCUAUGUUCCAAAAUUAGUAAAAAAUACGUUCAUACGCAUUUCCUUUUAAA